GAGGUGGAGCGCGUGACAACGGAGGCGCGUUCAUGUGUUCGCCACCGAGGGAGAGAGCAUCAUUAAAACACUGUCGUACAGCUUCCUCUGCCCGGAUAUCGAAAGAGGACGACGGGGAAUUUAGAGGUUAAAUUAAAAAAAAAAAAAAAAAAAAACUGCAAGAGAGAACGGGGAGGCUGUGCGCCAAGGAGCCAAGAAAGAAACCAGAAUCCAUCCCUGCAGAAGCAGCAGUGGUAGUAGAAGCGGGAACAGUUUCGAGAAGAUUUUCCGUGUCGGUUGCCCGGUGCUCCACACACCCGUGUGCCUUUGAACCAGCAGCGGGAGGAGGGGAGGACCAGAGAGGAGGCUGUGCAGAAAGGAGGAGGACCAUGGAGGGGAUGCAGGCAUACGGAGCCGGGAAAGCCGGAGGAGCCUUCGACCCCGUCACCUUCUUCCAGCAGCCUCAGACCAUUCUCCGCAUAGUGUCUUGGCUCUUCUCCAUCGUGAUCUUCGGCUGCAUCGCCAACGAGGGCUACAUCAACCGCCCCAACGAAGUGGAGGAGUACUGCAUCUUCAACCGCAACCAGAACGCCUGUAAUUAUGGCGUCUUUAUGGGCUCCAUGGCCUUCCUCUGCUGCAUUGCCUUCCUAGCUCUGGACGUCUACUUCCCCCAGAUCAGCAGCGUCAAGGAUCGUAAGAAGGCCGUGCUGGCUGAUGUCGGAUUGUCAGCGUUCUGGUCCUUCAUGUGGUUUGUGGGAUUCUGUUUCCUGGCAAACCAGUGGCAGGUGACCAAACUUGAGGACAACCCACUGAAGGAGGGAGGAGACGCUGCCCGGGCAGCCAUCACUUUCUCCUUCUUCUCCAUAUUCACCUGGGGCGCUCAGACUCUCUUCUCUAUGGAGAAGUUAAAGAAUGUGUCGUUUGAAGAGGAAUACACCAAGCUGUUCCCCCCUCAGCCCAAUCAACCUCUUGUCUGACUCUGCUCUGUCUUCUCCCCCUGCUGCCUUAACCCUCCACAGCUGGUCCUACUCGACUGUGGCUGCACUUGUUUAAGAGUGCCCGGUAACAUCAAGUGCUGCUGGAAGUGAGAGUAUUUGUAAUCCAGCAGUAAGAGCUACAGUUGUACCAUUAAUAUGUGUUACUCAACAAUUGCAUUGCCAAAUGCUCUGGCCUUAAACACCUACCUAAAUUCCUGUAUUGGAUUGGAAAUGGAAUGAAAAUUCCCUUCCCACUGGAAUGGUAAAAUGCUUCUUAACCAAAAACGAACAUGACAUAUUAGAUGUCCUCUUUAAAUUUGUUAGAAAAAGAAGCCAAACAAUAAGGAAAAGCAUGUGAAAUGAAUGAUUUUACUUCAGUAUUCAAAGCAGGCAGGUCCGCAGUUUGUUGCUGAGGUAGCUGAGUGUAUGACAGGUACACAGUCUGCCCAGCUGUUGCUUUACCUCCAAACCUGGAGCCCUUAAACAAGUGCAGGCCACAACUUCUUCUCAUCAUUAACAUAAAGGUUUACAGAGUGAUUGAUGCUUUGUAAUUUUGCUGUAGGGGUCAGAAUGAUUAAGGUGACUGUUUUAUAUGCAAUAAUUCUGUUUAAAACAUAGUUACACCAUUUUUAGUAUAUUUUUCAGAGUGCAUUGCUUGAAACGUUAAAGGAUUUGUAUUUCUUUUGGUUUUUUGAUGAAGCUACAUUCAAAGCCUUCUCUUCAGUCCUUAAAGGAGCAGUUCAACAUUUUGGGAAAUGCACUUUCUCGCUGGUUCCCCUGUUUUUAGUCUUUAUGCUCAGCUUAGCUGAGCUUACCACCUGCUGGCUCCAGACAGACAUUAAAGAAGUAUCACUCUUCAUAUCUAAAAAAUGUCAAACUACAGCUUUAUUUGCUCCAGUUUUGCAGAUCAAAGUUUUUCCCUGUAAAUCUCUAUGCACGUCCAUGCUUUCCACUCUUCCACUAUUUUAUUAAGUUUAACAGGUAGAUUUGUUUAUGUUUUUAUAGCUUUUUGAGAUUGAUUUCACAGUUUAAGCUGUUGACAGUUAACACAAUUUAAUUGAAGUAUCAAACGGUUUUUAUUGCCUAUACAUACGGUUUUUAUUGCUCGAUGAAUGUUAUUGGGUCAUAAAUACUACUAAAAUGUGCCAUAUCCACAUUGACAAAAUAUCUGACAUUUUCAUGGUUAUGUCUCUACAUUGUAUUUUAUCUGACAAUAUAUCUAAAGGUUAAUUGACUUGUUUUUCAUAUUAUGCAGUCAAUCAACUCGACCACAUAAUUGAUGGACCCAAGACAGAGUGGUGUAUCAGACUGAAAGAGUCAAAACUGUUCAACCAGAUUCAAUCUGUCUGCAGCAUCAGAUUGAGCCGAGAAAUACCAGUAAAUAAAACCCUCAUGAAACUUCCCAGCACUGAGAGCUUAAAUCAACUCAACUCUU